AUGUCAACGUUUGGAAGAAUCUUUCGCGUCACUACCUAUGGAGAAAGUCAUUGUGCUUCCGUUGGAGCAAUCGUCGACGGCUGUCCACCUGGACUAGAGCUCGCAGCGUCUGAUAUUCAAGUACAGCUUAGUCGCAGACGUCCCGGACAGAGCAACCUGACGACGCCACGAGACGAAAAAGACUUGGUCCAGCUCCAGUCUGGAAUCGAACAAGGCGUCACUCUCGGUACACCGAUCGGUCUUCUGGUCCGAAAUGAAGAUCAGAGACCAAAGGAUUACUCAGAGACCGACCUUUAUCCACGGCCGUCACAUGCAGAUCUGACAUACCUCCUGAAGUACGGCGUCAAGGCUAGUAGUGGCGGGGGAAGAGCCAGUGCAAGAGAAACCAUCGGGCGUGUCGCUGCUGGAGCCAUUGCGGAGAAGUAUCUUCGUCAAGUCUAUGGUGUGGAGAUCGUAGCUUUCGUGACUUCUGUUGGAAAGAUCCACCUCCCAACUGCUUCGACGCAGAGGCAGACACAAGGCGAAGAGGAAGACGAUACAGGGGAGGACCCUCUAUCGCCCGAAUUUGUCAAACUACUGUCGACGAUCACCCGAGAGGAAGUGGACAAAUUUCCCACCCGCUGCCCUGACGGUCCGACGUCUGAGCGCAUGACCAAGCGUAUCAUACGAGCAAAAGACGCGAUGGAUUCGAUAGGUGGCACAGUCACUUGUGUGAUCCGCAACUCGCCAGCCGGGCUAGGGGAGCCUGUCUUUGACAAGUUUGAGGCCACUCUCGCUCACGCAAUGCUCUCUAUUCCCGCUACCAAGGGCUUUGAAAUUGGUUCGGGAUUCAGAGGGACAGAGAUUCCAGGUUCAAAGCAUAAUGACCCCUUCAUGGCCAGAGCCGAUGGAACGCUGGGUACGAAGACGAACUGGAGUGGGGGUAUUCAAGGAGGAAUUACCAAUGGGGAAAAUAUUUACUUCCGUGUGGCCUUCAAGUCGCCUGCGACCAUCUCGCAGGCUCAGGCUACUGCUCAAUACGAUGGUACAUCUGGUACUUUGGCAGCACGAGGAAGACAUGACCCAUGUGUGGUCCCCCGUGCUGUACCCAUCGUCGAAGCUAUGGCCGCUCUGGUCUUGAUGGACCAGCUUCUCAUCCAAAACGCUCGUCGAGCGACAGCAAAUCUCUUGCCCCCGCUCGAUUAUCUUCCACCUUCCAUGGUGCUGCCGCCGAAGAGGGUGUUGGAAAAGCUCGCAGAAGAUCCGGGUGCAGAGGCAGUGGAAGUUACAUCUGUGUAG